AUGCAAAUCACACUCGCCUGCGCUCUUGUCACUACCAUCCUCGCCACCCAUGCACAGAUGAGCGAGGAUAACGAUCUUCAACGAGUAACCUCGGUUCUUAUCCGUGCCCCCAACGCCGACACCGCAACGCUCAGACGAGGCCUCGACGCGUACAAUCAAGCGGCUGAGCUGUUCGAAACUGCCAGGCAGUCGAGCACCGAUGAUGGAACCCAGCAGACUCUCCGUCUCUUGACGACGCAGCACCGCAAGCUGGCACGCGACCUUGAGCGGCGAAUCGCCAACGCAGGCUCAUCGGCACCGUCGUCACCGGUCGGUGCAACAUUCACACCUCCUAUGUCGUCACCCAGCAGUCCCCUGGGAAACAGCCCGUUUCGUCCGCCUGUGUCUCCACCUCCGUCGAUGAGCCGCCGCAGCUCGGGCACUACCGUUGGUCUCGCGAAAGCGCAGAAUGUGUCUUCCGGACUAGCGAUACAUGCAAACUCCAGGGGAUCUAUACCUCCAUUCUCACUGCGCCCGGUGCCGUCACCCCCUGGACCAGGCGCACAGCCGCAAAUGCCGAGGCAGCCCCGCACCGUGGGCAACGCCGUGUCACCGACGUCACCGAUCUUGUCGAGUUCUUCCAGUUCAGAUCCACCGGAUGAGUCAUUUGUCCUGCCAGGCGAGGUCCCAGACUCGUCGGACCCGUUCUCGCGCUUCUGGGGUAUGCUGGAGAACAUGCUUGAGGAGAUCAGCUUUCCGAAAGCCUUGACAGCCGCACCGGUCUCGGCGUUGACGGAUAUUCCAGAGCUGGGCCCAGAUAGCCCGACGCGGCCAGAGCUGAGGAGGGAAAGGUCGAAGCGGAGGGAUAAGCAGAGGCCACGGCGUACGUGCCACCACACUAUCAAGCUCACAGCAGCGCCGGUCGCAGGCGAAGGACGAGCGCCGUCUCCUACCGAGUCUUUCUACGUGGUCCCGCGGAACGACGGUACACAAGCUACUACAGCUGCAGCUGAUGUCAGUGGUCCUUCACCGGCCCCAAAGACAAAUGAGGAGCUCUUGUUGGAGAACGAAUCUCUCCGAGCGUCACUGGAUGCACUCGCCCAGCACGCACACCAGCUCGAGCUUUCCAACCGUGCUCUGAAGUCUCGUUCCGAGGAACGCGACAAGUUAGUCCGCUCGGUUGUCUCUGGUGUCCGACGAGAGGUCGAGGACCUCGACAAGGAGAACAAGCAAUUGAAAGGCGACAAUGAGAAAUUGCGCGCUCAGGUCGACAAAUUCAAGGAAAAGUGGGACAAGCUCAAGGCGAAGAAGGAGGCCAAGGCCGCGGCCCGCGCCCAGGCAGCUGCGGCGGCGGGGCAGUCGGCGCAGGCGGGGGGCUCGGCAUCAUCUACCGAGCCACAUCGACCGGCUCUGGCUAACGUGAUCGUGCCCAUGUAUAAUUCACCUGUACGCAGGCUAUCGAGGGCGCAGGCGAUGCGCAGUGCAGGCACCGCACGACUGCUCCACGCUGCGUUCCGCGCCGUGGCGGUUCCAGAGGGCGACAAGAGGAACAAGAGUAAUUGA